GAUGUCCUCUCUUGGCCGUCCUUGGGUUGCGCAUCAAUGCACAUGUGCAAAUUUCCGUGACAUCAUCUCUUCUUAUAAAAGCAGCUAAUUUCCGGCUUUCGCAUAAUGUCCUCCCCGAAGCGGCAAAAAAUGGCUUCUCUACUGGAACAGCUUAAAAAUUUCUCCACUGUCGUGGCAGACACUGGUGAUUUUGAACUAAUCAACCAGUACAGGCCAACAGAUGCCACCACAAAUCCAUCCCUCCUCUUGGCUGCUGCUAAGAUUGACAAAUACAACCAUCUGAUAGAAGAUGCAAUCAACUAUGGCAAGAAAAAUGGCAGUGUUCUCAAGGAGCAGGUCACAUCAACCAUGGACAAACUCUUUGUCAAUUUUGGAGUGGAAAUCCUGAAGAUUGUUCCAGGGAGGGUGUCUACAGAGGUAGAUGCUCGUCUGUCAUAUGAUGUUGAGCGUCAGGUUUCUAAGGCCAAGAAGCUGAUAGCAUUAUAUGAGGAUCAGGGUAUCAGCAAGGAGCGAGUUCUCAUCAAGCUCAGCUCAACAUGGGAGGGCAUUCAAGCUGCAAGGAUUCUGGAGACAGAAUGUGGCAUCCAUUGUAACCUUACCCUCCUCUUCUCCUUUGCUCAGGCUGUGGCAUGUGCAGAGGCAGGUGUGACCCUUAUAUCUCCAUUUGUGGGUCGUAUCUUGGACUGGUACAAAGCCAGUACAGGCAAGGCUAGUUACGAACCUGCCGAGGAUCCUGGUGUGUUGAGUGUGAAGAAGAUCUACAACUACUAUAAGAAGUUUGGAUACAAGACAGUGGUGAUGGGAGCCUCCUUCCGCAAUAUUGGUGAAAUCACAGAGCUUGCAGGUGUGGAUUACAUCACUAUCAGUCCUAAAUUGCUGGAAGAGCUAAAAUCAACCAAUGCUCCCUUGACUCGCAAGCUGUCGGUUGAAUCAGCCCAAGACUCAGCUAUAGAAAAGCUGACCCUCAGUGAGCAGCAGUUCCGCUGGCUUCACAAUGAAGAUCGGAUGGCUGUAGAGAAACUCUCUGAUGGCAUCCGCAACUUUGCAGCCGAUGCCAUUAAGCUUGAAAAUAUGCUGAAGGAAAAACUUAAUUAGUCAGAACAAAUGACCAGGCCAGUUACAGAAACUUCAGCGAUCUUCAAGUCUCAUGUAGUUUCAAGCAAAUCUUCAGCAAUACAAUUCAGUGACUGAAAGUACAAAUACAUCAUUUUGGUGUAUAAAAACCCUGCAUCUUUGUCCGUCAUAACUGGUGUUUACACUUAAUGUUGAAUGACAGAUUUCACAUGUACUUGUAACUUGAUUGAGAAUUUUCUUAUGGUACAAUAAAUAGAAUGAAAUAGAUCCCAGAAGUAGGUCAACUGUUUUUGUCUGGUGCUUAUGCUAUGCAUUGUAUACUACAUGUACAUGUAUUUUUUUCAGUAUCAAAAUACUAGAUUAAUUGUAACACGACAGUGAUUCAUUGCUUAAAUAGAUUCAGUUCUUUAAUAUAAAGUGGAAUGGUGCCAUAUCGAAUGCCACUGUACUGAACAUCCAAACAUCCCCCCUUGGUUUCCGAAAUUUCUGUACAGUUUUACCAAACAUUACAACCUGACAACGUUGCUUUAAACAUGUUUAGGACUUAUGAUUAUGUCACAGUUACCUAAUUACUUGUACAUGCACAAAUUUUUAGCAUCAAUCUCCUUGGUAAUAAAAAAAAGAAACUUCAAAAAUAAGGAAGAAACAAUUCCAAGAAUUAUUCUUAAGAUAAAUUGGAAUGAUUUAUUUUUAAGAAGUUCAAGAGUUGACAGAUUAAAACUGAAUAUUGCUCCAGGAUAGAAUGAGUAUUUUAUGCAGACACAAUAGGCUAAUAGAAAGUUGGUAAUGCAAUGGGUUGAUGUAAGACCCAGAGCUACAUGUACUAGUUCAAACAUGAGAAAUGGAGUACAAUUUCAGUUCAGUAUGAACACCACCAGGAUGUGUGAUGUGGUCAAUGCAAAAGUGGACUUGUUUCAAGUCUAAUAAGAACUCAUAUGUUGAAGAAAAGUCAUACAAUGGAACCAUUGCCAACACAUGGCACAGUCCGCAUCGUUCAUGGGUAGCCUACAUUUUACAUUUAUGGCAUAAUCUGGUAACUAUUAGUGAUGUUAUGCUUUGCUUAUGAGCAUGUUGUAAACAUUCUUGUAAAUUUACAUGCAUUUUGGUAGUCAUUCAGGUUUCGGCAAUACACAUACAUACUACAAGCAUGUAAAUGUACAUGUAUGUACCAGUUAGCAAGCAAAUCAAUGCAUGUCAGUGUGACUGGCCCUUCCAUUUAAAUGUCUUUGUAUCUUGUGCUUUGAUGGUUGCUAAGAGAAGAGAGGUCCAGGGAUGGGUUUCCUGAAGUCAGAUGUCCCGUGACACACUCGUGGAUCCAUCUGUCUUGAGGUUAGGGGAGUAUUCAUGAAUGGAGGAAAACUUGUGCAUAUAAGUCUGUUGUCACAUCACUCAGAGAUAUAAGUAAUUUCUGCUUUUCAUUUAGUGCACGGGAGUUGGUUAACUGUUGAGAUGCAUACAUGUACAUGCAUGGGUGUUGUGGGAGGGGGGGAAUGGCCACUUGUGGGGAAAAAGUUUACAAGAAAAAAGGAGAAUAUAAAACAAAAAAAAGAUGACAGGGCAUGAUAAUAGUAUGUGUAACAAUAGAAAUCUCAGUGUGCGCUCACACACAACCACAAGUACUGCCAAGUACUGCCAUGAAAUGGUAAAACAGCUCCAUGAAAUUGGGCCUAGAUGAGCAGGUAACAGUAACACAGCAGAAUUCACACAUGUAAGAUAUUUUCAUGGAAUCUUUUAUAGUGGUAGUUAGUUGAUUGAUUAGUUAUCAUGACAUUCCUUGACUUGGUAAAACCAUACAGAUGAGCUAUAUUGCUUCUUUCCAGGAAAUACCGUGACCCAAAGAAACCUGACACAUUUAAUUAUUUCAAGUAGUGAUGUAAUUUUUUGGUCAUUUGUGUAAGGCGGAUUUCUUUUGGAGAAACAAUAGUACAUCGUGUAUUUAAAAUGCGCAGGAUAUUUUGUGAAGAAUUUGUGAUACCUAUGUACAUGGAUGUGUGUUAUCAGGUAAUUAACUGCCCUUAAUUGUGUGUUACUUUGUUCACCACUAUUGGGACUGUGGUUAAUGGUUGAGAUAAAAAUUAAUGUAAGGAAAAAGUUGAUUGUGUAGAGUUUAUGAUUUAAUUCCUCAUUCAGUUCAGUUGUGAUAAAUAAGAAAUGAAUGCCCUUGUCAUUUCCUGAUUACAAAUUUUGAAACAUUGAUUUCAUUAGAACAUGAAGUUUGGAAGAGAGAAAUAAUUGUUUAGUUUCACAUUUUCCUAUUUCUCUACUAAAGAAGCCACCAUUAAGCAUAGGAAAGUCAUGAAAUUAGUGACUAUAGAAGUCAGUGUUUUACACCACUGGUAGAUGAAUUGAAUUUUGUAACACAACCACACCAGAAACUGGUAAAACAAAGGUCCGUUAUGGAAAACUCUUUUUAUCUGCUUGUUGAAGCUAGGUUUGGGUGUUCUUUGGUAAUUCUUUAUUUUUCACAAAACAAGAAGAGCCUGACGUUUCGAUCCUGGCAGAAUCUAUCUCAAAGGCAAAAAAUACAUAUAUAUAUUUCAUUAUUUUAUAUAUAUGGUCUGUGGUUCUUUUUUGGACAAUGUCAGAAUUUAUUGUUGAACAUUUCCUUUUUUAAGUUUUAAAUGUGUCUAGUUCACAGAGAGAGUGAAUAGAUGAGGGUGAUAUUUUGAUGCAUUAUUGUACACGUUAGUGUAGUACUGCUUAAUAUAAUAUACAUAUGCAAUUUAUAUUUUUGGUGAUGGAUGUUUGAAUAAAGAAAGACCUGUUACGAACAUA